CGUACCGACAAUUGUAAUGAUGGAUCGUAUAUUUAAACAUAUCAGAUUUAAAAAUAUAACAUGGAAAAAAUAGAAAUUUUCAAUACGCAUUGUAUUAAUUAGAAUUAUCGUGAAACAUCACUCAAUAAAGGCGACUUAAGAAAUAAAUACGGCAAGUUUAUAUUCGAUUUUUUUUUGUCAAAUGAUUCGCCAUGUUUGUUAUGAAUUCAUAGAUCCAACUGUUUCAGGUCGUGACAUCUCGUCAUGAUAAACAAGAUUAAUUUAUUCACAAAUGAUACCGGAAUUGCUUUCGUUAAACGCAAUGUUCUGUUAUUAUGAAUAAUUAACGCUACUUCGAACUAUCAAAAUAUGGCAGAGUACGUCAAAAAUAGCGACAGAUUGUCAGAGUUCGAAAUGAAACAGAAAACGAUUGACAGAGCACCUUUUCGAAACUUGAAAAUUAGUGACUCCAGGAUAUUAAAUACGAUUGAGGGUAGAAGAAAGUGUGAACUCUGUUAUAAAUCACGCAAGUUCUUCUGUUACACCUGUUGCGUACCUGUCAUCGACAAUUCAUAUUUUCCACGUGUAAAGCUGCCAAUUAAAAUUGACAUCAUUAAGCAUGCUCAUGAGAUAGAUGGCAAGAGUACUGCUAUUCACGCUGCCAUACUUGCGCCAGAGGAUGUGAAAAUCUAUACAUAUCCUGAUUUUCCAGAUAUAUCGGAUAAAGAAGAAACUGUUUUAAUCUUUCCUAGCAAAAGUGCGCAGACUGUAAGCGUGGAGGCUCUUUUUACAAAGAAGAAAGGGAAAAAUGAUACUUUGGCAAAUAAAACCGAGGCUGUAUUUCCUAUAAAAAGGGCCAUUUUCAUUGACAGCACGUGGCAGCAAACUAAAGCAAUAUAUAAAGACCCAAGAUUGAGAGAACUACGUUGUGUCAUUUUAAAAUCAAGGAUCUCUCAAUUCUGGCGUUAUCAAAAGAAGAGUCCAAGAUGGUACUUGGCGACAAUUGAAGCAAUUCAUCAAUUUUUAGUAGAGCUACACACUUAUGCUCUUAUAGCGGAAUACCCUGAUGUACAUAGGUUUAUGUUGAAUGGGAAGCAGGAAUCUGUAACUAAUAACAAGGAAGAAUGUGCAGAAAUUAAUCAAAAGUAUCAUGGACAAUAUGACAAUCUUUUAUACUUUUUCAAGUAUAUGUAUGAUAAAAUUCACUCGAUAUAUGAUCACGAUCAAUUACAGGCUUAUAAAAGGCCACUCGCGUGAGAUUAUCUUAUCUCUUUCUUAAAUUUUUUUGUGUAGAAAAAUAUUACGUUUGUAUAAACAACUUUCUUUCUAUUAUUUCUACAGAUGAUUUAUCUGAAAUGAAGACAUUGAGAAUAUUAUUCCUUUAUAAUUUGACACAUAAAAAAUGUAAGAUAUCGAACUAGAUAUAUUUUUGUUACUUUUAUGUUAACUCAUCAAGAGUUCUUGGAAAUUAUUUCUUUCCUAAACAUAUAUAUGCACGAAUUAAAUAAAUUAUAUUUCUUAAAAGGAGA